AUGUUUUCCUACUCGAGGAAUUCCAGCUCUCGCUGCCUGGCUCCCUGCGGCAUCUCCUGCCCCCAGCCCGUGGCCAGCACCUGGAACGAGCCCUGUGUCACCUCCUGCGGGGACUCCACUGCUGUCAUCUACCCCCCGCCCGUGGUCAUGACCUUCCCUGGCCCCAUCCUCAGCUCCUGCCCCCAGGAGAGCGUCGUGGGAUCCUCGGCACCCUCAAAUUUCCCGGGAUCCGGGAAUUUCUUGGGAUCCGGGAAUUUCCUGGGAUCCUACGGCUCCUACAAUUCCAGGAGGUCCUACUCGUCCUACGGAUCCUCCGGGAGCUGCAGACCCUGCAAGGAAUGA